CGCGGCUUCCGUCCCGGGCAAGAUGGCGGCGCCCGAGGUCCGGCGGAGCGGCCGCAGAGGGUGCUGCCGCCCUAGGCGAGGUCGGGCCGCCCCGCGCGGAAGAACCGCCCCCAGCAGCAGCACCACCGCCACCGCUUAGCGAAGAAUGCCAGGCCACGCCCGGGGCCGUAGCCGCAGCAUGGAUUCUUCCAGUUCAUCCAACUCUUGUUUUUCCGUCGGCUCCACCAGUCCCGGCUCCGUCGUGCUCCUCUACUCGAAGGAGCUCAAAAAGUGGGAUGAGUUUGAAGAUAUUUUGGAGGAGAGGAGGCAUGUCAGUGACUUGAAAUUUGCAAUGAAAUGCUACACGCCUCUCGUCUAUAAGGGGAUUACUCCCUGCAAGCCGAGUGAUAUUAAACGUAGUGUUCUCAAUUCUGAAGAGGUUCGUUAUGUCAUUAAACAGCUUUCCAGGGAAUCCCUUCAGUCUGUCGACGUCCUCCGAGAGGAAGCCUGUGAGAUCUUGGAUGAAAUGAGCCACAAACUGCGUCUGGGAGCCAUUCGGUUUUUCGCCUUUGCCCUGAGCAAAAUAUUUAAACAAAUUUUCUCGAAAGUGUGCGUAAAUGAGGAAGGUAUUCAGAAACUGCAGCGAGCCAUCCAGGAGCACCCCGUGGUUCUGCUGCCCAGUCAUCGAAGUUACAUUGACUUUCUGAUGCUGUCUUUCCUUUUAUACAACUAUGACUUACCGGUGCCGGUCAUAGCAGCGGGAAUGGACUUCCUGGGGAUGAAGAUGGUGGGCGAGCUGCUGCGGAUGUCGGGCGCCUUUUUCAUGCGGCGCACGUUUGGUGGCAACAAACUCUACUGGGCUGUGUUCUCCGAAUAUGUAAAAACUAUGUUACGGAAUGGUUAUGCUCCUGUUGAAUUUUUCCUCGAAGGGACAAGAAGCCGCUCCGCCAAGACACUGACCCCUAAAUUCGGCCUUCUGAAUAUUGUGAUGGAACCGUUUUUUAAAAGAGAAGUUUUUGAUACCUACCUGGUCCCAAUCAGCAUCAGUUACGAUAGGAUACUGGAAGAAACUCUGUAUGCGUACGAGCUUCUUGGGGUUCCUAAGCCAAAGGAAUCCACAGCUGGGUUGUUGAAAGCCAGGAGGAUUCUCUCUGAAAAGUUUGGAAACAUCCACGUAUACUUUGGAGACCCUGUGUCACUUCGCUCGCUGGCGGCUGGCAGGAUGGGCCGGAGCCCAUACAACUUGGUUCCCAGAUAUAUUCCUCAGAAGCAGUCUGAGGACAUGCACGCCUUUGUCACUGAAGUUGCCUACAAAAUACAGCUUCUGCAAAUUCAAAACCUGGUUCUGAACGCGUGGUCGCUCAUCGUUGCCGUCCUGCUGCAGAACCGACCAUCCAUGGACUUCGACACCCUGGUGGAGAAGACUUUAUGGCUGAGAGGCUUAGCCCAGGCCUUCGGGGGCUUCCUCACCUGGCCUGAUAGUGAAGCUGCUGAGGACGUCAUCCAGUCCAGCCUCCUCCUGCACUCCAACAUCGUCAGUCUCGCCACGGACCGGGUGGCUCUGAAGGUGGACGCCGGGGACUCGGACGUGGUGGAUGGACUCGUCUUCCAGCACAUCACCCUCCUCAUGUGUUCGGCGUACAGGAACCAGCUGCUCAACACUUUUGUCCGCCCUUCCUUCGUGGCCUUGGCGUUGCAGAUGACACCUGGGUUCAGGAAAGAGGAUGUCUACAGUUGCUUUCGCUUCCUGUGCAGUGUUUUUUCAGAUGAGUUCAUCUUCCUUCCAGGAAAUGCACUAAAGGACUUCGAAGAAGGCUGUUAUCUGCUUUGUAAAAGUGAGGCCAUACAAGUGACGACAAGGGACAUCCUCGUUACAGAAAAAGGAAACACCGUGUUAGAAUUUUUAGUAGGACUCUUUAAACCUUUUGUGGAAUCUUACCAGAUAAUUUGCAAAUACCUCUUGAACGAAGAAGAAGACCACUUCACUGAGAAGCAGUACUUGGUGAGAGUUAGAAAGUUCACGAGCCAGCUUCUCGAUCAAGGUGCCUCGCAGUGUUACGAUGUGUUAUCUUCCGACGUACAGAAGAAUGCCUUGGCCACUUUCGUGAGGCUGGGCGUGGUGGAGAAGAGGAAGGUAAAUAAUGACUAUGUAUUUAAUGUGAAUGAGCCUGCUACAACAAGGUUAGAAGAAAUGCUUGGUUGUAAGACACCAGUAGGAAAACCAGUAACUGCAAAGCUUUAACGAUUGCCAAACAGUUAGGGGAAAACUGGUCACACAGUCACCGUCACGCAAGGACGCAUGUUACAACAAACCGGAACAGAAGGAGGAGCCCACCUCCUCGUACGUCAUGAGGCUUCAAGCACGGGGGCCCUGGAGAGGAAGAAAUGAUCAGUUCAAGCAACCAGUGACGUCUUCUCCACCCUGUUUAGAAAGGCAUUUGUAUCUAGCUCUGUGUGUGUUGUAAAAUAAACAGCUUUUUGGAAACACGUUUGGAAAAACAAA